UAGGCGCCAAUAUCCGACUGGCCCUUCGUCUUCCGACCAUAUUAGCGAAGAGUUGGUUGAUGGAAGACGAUUGACCUCAUGCGGUCCGUCUCCGCCCUAGGCAUCAGCCAUGAUCGACGAAAACUAUGCUUCGGCCUCGACGACAACCGUCAAUGCUACCGGACUGACCAGUCCCGCACCUGAUGAACCCCUCUCCACGAGCAAUGAGCCGCCCCCGGCUUUUGCCUUCCGACGCGCAGCUACCCUUGGCCCGCCCUCACAGCUGCGUCGGCGCUUGAACGGUAUUCACCCACCGUCCUCCGCCGAUAAUCAGAAUGCCUUUACCGGCCUUCGCAGACGCAGCUCAACCUACUCCGAUUACCUCGAGUCGAGUGCAGACGAUUUAUUGAACCCCAGCAAAUCGAACACCGAGGAACAACCCAAAUCGCUUUUCGUCUAUAUACCGCUUACGCUUGCCUUAUUGCCUGCUAUAGCUGGCCUAUUUUUUGAAAACGGCUCUGCCUUUUUCACAGACUUGAUCCUUCUUACCUUGGCCGCUGUCUUUCUGCACUGGUCGGUGACACAGCCAUGGGACUGGUACCACUCGGCCCAGCAGAUCCGCAUUAUACAGGAUGAGGCCUUGUCCGAGGAAGUCUUCGAAUCUGACAGUGAUUUCGAGUCGGCCCCUACCUCGGCCUCUGUUGUACUUGAGGACGUCCCUGAGGAGAAGGGGAAAGGGAAGGAUGAGGAGGAGCCCGAAUUGAAGAUCAAGAAUCUCCCCACUGGUAAACAUCCCAGUUGGGAUGCGCGGCAAAGAGCUGCCGUCAAGGAGCUUUACAUCCAUGAAAUAAUUGCUCUAGCGUGGUGUUUUAUAUUCCCGAUGCUGAGUGCCUAUCUACUGCAUAUGAUUAGAGGUCAAUUGUCACGGCCAUCCGAAGGUUUGGUGUCUGAUUACAAUCUCACCAUUUUCAUCAUGGCCGCCGAGGUGCGCCCUGUAUCUCACUUGAUCCGAAUGUUGCAAAUGCGCACGUUACAUGUACAGGCCAUCGUCGCGCAAAACCCACACAUCCAGAAAACUAUCACCAGUGAGGAAAUACAGGCCUUGUCUAGCCGACUGGAUGAGCUUGAGGCACGCAGCGCUUCUAAAGAAAGCGCUACAAGUAAUGGUCUUCAGCCUGAAGCAUCCCAGAAGCUUGUUGAAUCUACAGUAGGACGAGAAUUCCGUAAAAGUGUGCAACCAGAGCUCGAGGCACUGAACCGAGCCAUGCGCCGAUACGAAAAGAAGCUCACUGUCUUAGCUAAUCAAACCGACAACAAGAUUGAGUACGUCGAGUAUCGACUCAACGAUGCCCUGGCACUCGCUGCGGUUGCUGCAAAGAAUAGUAAUUCGCGACGUACGCUAGUAGGCUGGUUCUUAGGAAGGAUAACGGUCCUAAUUUUGCUCCCGUUACAAGCUAUGGCUGCUGUUAUAUUAUUCCCGUUUCGAACAGUGUCGACUCUAGUUCGCCGGAAUGGCCAACAUGUGCCCGAAAGGGCACACCGCCCUCUGCGAAAUGGCAAGAAUCCUGCCCAAGGCAGGUCCGGUCCAGAUCGCGUGUCCGUGAGAGUAUCACGCAAAUGAGAAUACUAUUGCGUGUAUCAUGUCUAUCAUAAGACCUAGAAAUGGCUUAGGUGGACAAGAGAUACCCUGAUUUACUUCUGGCUCUAUGGUUCUCGUUUUCGUUUACUCUUUCUUUCUUUCUUUUUAUUUGGCGAUAAUAC